GCGUUCGCGGCUCUCGCGUCGGCACAGUACACGGGGCCGUGCUCGCAGUCCAACUGCGGCGCGUCGGGCCAGGUGUGUCCGCGGGGAUAUCUCUGCGUGCCGUGGCCUAGCUUCGAUCCCGCGCUGCGCAAGGGCUGCACUUGCAGCACUGCUUAG